AGUUGAGCAACCGCGACGCGAUUCUUCUUCAUCUCUUCCCCCAACCACAAUCUCGGCUUUUGGCAUCGUAAGUCUGCAGCAUCAGUAUCAGUACUUUUGCUAUCUCUACGCUAUGACUUCCAUAGCCUCAGUCACUCGGCAAAUCUCGGCUCUCGACAUCAACAAGAAGACCACCACAACGAAGCCGACCACACUGUCAAAACAACCAAGCCAAACCAAUGUGGCCAAACUAUUAACGAAAUUUGCGGCGCCGAACCCCUCUACUAACUCUGCGAAACCGAAACCCACGCCCCAUUCCGCCUUGCGACAUCUGACGACAGAGAAACCAGCGACACCUGACAUUGACAUUGGGAAUUAUGAUGGAGGAUUGGAACUUGAGAACGAAAAAAGAGGCGAGGCAAUUUCCGGGGAUGCCGCGAGGGAGCUGGCAUUGGAUUCGAGUGUGGCACGGCAAUCGCCCACUCGAGAAUGGACAUUAAACUCCUUCGACAUGGGUCGCCCUCUCGGUAAGGGCAAAUUCGGCCGUGUCUACAUGGUCCGUACCAAAGCCGAACCGCACUACAUCAUCGCCCUCAAGACCCUCUACAAGUCCGAAAUCGUUGCGGGACGGGUCGAGAAGCAGAUCCGCCGAGAGAUCGAAAUUCAACAGAACCUACGGCAUCCCAACGUCUUACGUCUCUACGGCUAUUUCCACGAUGAAAAACGUAUAUUCUUAAUGCUCGAGUUUGCUGGUAAGGGAGAACUCUACCGGCAGCUUAGCAAGCACGGCCGCUUCAGCGAGAAGAGAAGUUCGCGGUACAUUGAUCAGAUGGCGGACGCGUUGAUGUAUUUGCAUAGCAAGCAUGUCAUCCAUCGGGAUAUCAAGCCUGAAAACUUGCUCUUGGGCUUGAAUGGGGAAUUGAAGAUUGCGGACUUUGGGUGGAGUGUGCAUGCUCCAGGAAAUCGACGUAAGACAAUGUGUGGAACGUUGGACUAUCUUCCACCAGAGAUGGUUGAGAGCAAGGAUCAUAACGAACGGGUGGAUCAUUGGGCAUUGGGUGUAUUGACCUACGAAUUCUUGAACGGUAACCCGCCAUUCGAGGACCAGAGUAGCGUGAACAAUACUUAUCGACGGAUAGCCAACGUCGACCUUCGCUUCCCGCCUGGCAUGUCGCCAGACGCACGAGACCUCGUCGCAAGACUUCUUCAACAUGACCCACAAAAACGCCUCCCUCUGGUGGAUGUGCUUCGGCACCCUUGGGUUGUCAAGUAUAGACCUAAGGGUAGCACGAGGGGCAGCGGGCUAAGCCAAGAUUGAUUGAGCAUGUUUCAUGUACUAAUAUAUUUAGGACAUUGUUAUUGUGUUGUAAUCCCAUAUCCCAGUGAUCAGUCUAACGGUACUGAGUCUGCCAAGUUUACGCGCACAUUUGCCAAGACCAGAAUUGCGAGCCGCGGAGGCUGAUGACAGCUAUAGGACUCAAGAAUCCACGACAAGGUCCUGGCCCACAUGUCUAAGCCAGUGUGACUCCUUUCCGACCUUGGAGCUUGAAACCUUUAUAACUGGCGUCCACAAAGAAUGUUAG